UUCGUCGUCCACCGCAUCACCUCACCCGCCGUAUAUAAUGGAGAACAAGCAGCCAUGAUCGUAUCUCGGACUGAAGCUGACAGCGAAGUGGUAGCAAAGCUUUCAGAAGAAAAACAACAAGAUACACCAGUGAGGUGACACCAGGUUAGCCAUGGCUCAGGCGCAGGCGACGAGAGGCGACCAGCACCUCAAGGCCGCGCAGCAGGAGCAGCCGGAGGCCAUCCAGUACGGCCACGUCUUCGCCGUCACGGGCGACCUGGCCGUGCAGCCCAUUGCGCCGCGGGACGCGGAGGCCAUGCGCUCGGCCGAGGACAGCGUGCCGGGCGUGCCCGUCCCGCAGGCCAGCGGCGGCGGCUUCAGCGCCGCCGUGGCCAUGGAGACGGCCGCCGCCUACAACCAGGCCGUCGGCGCAGUGCACCCCGGCCAGGCCAGCGCCGCCGCCACCAUGAAGGGCAUCACCGUCACCCAGACCGCCGUCCCCGGCGGCCGCGUCGUCACCGAGUUCGUCGCCGGGCAGGUCGUCGGGCAGUACUCCGUCGCCGACCAGGCGAUGAUGGAGCAGGCGCAGCGGCAGCAGCAGGUCGUCGAGGAGGAUACGAGCAAGGUGACGAUCGGCGAGGCGAUGGAGGCCGCGGGGCUCUCCGCUGGCGAACGGCCCGUGGAGGAGGCAGACGCGGCGGCCAUCCGCGCCGCGGAGACGCAGGCGCAGGGGGAGGACGGGGUCUUGCCCGGCGGCCUCGCCGACCAGGCGUGGGCCGCGGCCAGCGCCAACGCCUGGGCCGAGCGCGACGAGGACAAGAUCACCAUCGGCGACGUGCUCACGGACGCGACGACGAAGCUGGCGGACGACAAGCCGGCGGAGCACGCGGACGCGGCGAGGGUGGUGCAGGCGGAGACGUACAGCGACGCCGGAGCGCGCACCAAGGCCGGCGGGGUGGGCGCCGCCAUGACCACGGCGGCAAGGCUCAACCAGGAAGACGACGACGACGACGCUUGAAUAUGUUCGCGGCGCGUGCUACGUGUCUGUUUGUUCUGUGUUGUGUAACUGUACUGAAAGCAAGCAGAGCAAGCAAGGUCUGUUGUUUUGUUCUUGUAAGGGAGCUUCCUGACUUUCUGUAGUCGGGCGAAUCAAGUUUGGGUGCUCAGCUAUAGCCGUGUUUGUAAGCAAAUAAGAAGUGCGGCUCCGUCUGCAACCUCUGUAUGUAUGUAUGAACAAGCCUGUACUGGUCAAAUACGAGCUGCAAGUCAACUUUGUUUCGUUAA